AUGGCAUACAUUCUUGCAAAACAGAAGCCAAACUGGGAGCCAGGCACCAAGAGCGGAUAUCAUGCCAUCACCUACGGUUGGAUUGUAGACCAGAUUGUACGCAGAGCAGAUCCACAGGGCAGAUCCGUAGGACAAUUCUUCAAAGAAGAAGUAGCGGAUAAAUAUGGUGAGGUCCUAAUUGUUCUCGGCAUUUUCCAUCUCAGAAUGCCUAACUCUAUCGCUAGGAAAGUUCGUGAUAACCCACAGUGGUUCCGAUUAGAGCAGGAUGUGAACACCUUCAAUGAUCCCGAGUUACAUGCCAUGGAACAGGUAGCAGCACUAGGUAUCACGAAAGCACGUGAUCUCGCUCGACUAUUCUCACUAAUGCUUGAAGGAAAAUUCUUCAGCAAGGUAAUUUGGUUUCUCAUUCUUCUUCAGUUAUACAGGUGACU